CCUAUCUUCCUAAAGGUUCAACCCUAUGGGUGAGCCGCGGGGCCGGGUUUCUUUCUUGCUUGACGGUUGCACAGAGCUAGCUGGGAGGCUGCGGACGCCGCCAUGGCGGCCUGCGGCCCGCGCUCCCAUCAAUCGCCGGGAGGUGGCGCGCUCUGCUCAGAGGCCAACACCAACCUUCUCCCUGUUUCUCCCCCUUCUCUCUUUCUCCCCCCCUCUCGGAGGCUCGCAUUGAAUCGGCCCUAACGAUUCUCGGAUCGUCAUUAUUUGUAACCAUAGAGCAUGAAUUACCUCUUGAGGUCAUCAGCGAGAAUUUACGACUGGUCAACAAAAGCACGUGAUUCCCUAACGCCCCCCCAUCCCCCUUCCAACCCCCCCCAUAUUUGGCCGCAUACAUAGCAAAACGAAGUACAGUGCAUCGCUAUAAUUCAUUAAUACAUCAUAAAUCGUGAAGCACAGGGUUAUAACGACCACGAUCCACAAAUCAAGCCCUCCAAAAUCACCCAAAUGAGCUCGUACUUUGUAAACUCCUUCUCGGGGCGUUAUCCAAAUGGCCCGGACUAUCAGUUGCUAAAUUAUGGCAGUGGCAGCUCUCUGAGCGGCUCUUACAGGGAUCCCGCUGCCAUGCACACCGGCUCUUACGGCUACAAUUACAAUGGGAUGGAUCUCAGCGUCAACCGCUCCUCGGCCUCCUCCAGCCACUUUGGGGCGGUGGGCGAGAGCUCGCGCGCCUUCCCCGCUUCAGCCCAGGAGCCCCGCUUCAGGCAGGCGACGUCCAGCUGCUCCCUGUCCUCGCCCGAGUCCCUGCCCUGCACCAACGGCGACAGCCACGGCGCCAAACCCGCUGCUUCGUCCCCUUCCGACCAGGCGACCCCAGCCAGCUCCAGCGCCAAUUUCACCGAAAUAGAUGAGGCCAGCGCGUCCUCCGAGCCCGAGGAAGCAGCAAGCCAGCUAAGCAGCCCGAGCUUGGCUCGGGCACAGCCAGAGCCCAUGGCCACCUCUACAGCCGCGCCCGAGGGGCAGACUCCACAGAUAUUUCCCUGGAUGAGGAAGCUUCACAUCAGCCACGAUAUGACAGGGCCAGACGGAAAAAGGGCCCGGACCGCGUAUACUCGCUACCAGACCCUGGAGCUGGAGAAGGAAUUCCACUUCAAUCGCUACCUGACCAGGCGGCGACGCAUCGAGAUCGCCCACGCGCUCUGCCUUUCCGAGCGUCAGAUCAAAAUCUGGUUCCAGAACCGUCGCAUGAAGUGGAAGAAAGACAACAAACUGAAAAGUAUGAGCCUGGCUACAGCCGGCAGCGCCUUCCAACCAUGAGCCCAUCCGGAGGAGCCCUGGGCGGCCCAAGAGCCGGCACCACCCCUUCCCGACCCUUCCAAUCCUCCCUGCACUGCCGCUGCCCGCUGGGGACCUGUUCCCACGAGCCUGUCUCACCCUAGCCUUGUGUUACAGUUUUUCGUUUGGUCUUAGGUCUUCCCAUGGCUCCCUCUCUCCUGGACUGUUUAUCUUGUUAUUAUUGUUAAUAAUAAUAAUUAUUAUUAUUGUUUCCCCUCCAUGCUCCCCACUUCCCUCGGCUUGCCCCCAAUUGCCAGUGUUUCUAAAUGUCCUUGUAUCUGUGGGUGCAUCCCUUUCCCCAGGAAAAAGAAAAGAAAAGGAAAUUCGCAUGUUUAAUGUGACUUGCCCUCUCUGUCUGUGUCCUAACUUAUUUAUAAAAGGAUGGUGGCUGUAUUUUGAGUUUCAGCUGGAAACUUCCAUAAGGGACAGCAGCUGAGGUUGGGUAGUGCUGGGCCCAGCUGAGCUGGCCUGAGAAAUGGAGUCUAUGAUUGUGUCUCUUUUCAUGCACCUCAUCCUCCCUAGGCCCAGGUCUCCCAGUGGCUUGUUCCUGGGGAAGGACCUAAGUGGGGAUGUUGAGAAGAGAGGAGGAAAAGGGUCAGAGUUAAGCGCCUGCUGCCUGGUAGGCCCCACAAGGCCUGGUCCGGGAGUGUCUGGAAUCAGAAAUAAUCCUCAAUGUAAAAUGUCUUGUGAUUUUCUCUGUGACUCUGUGGGUCAGACUAAAAGGCCCAAAGCUUGUAAAUAUGGGGAUAGUAGGGGUCAGGCCAGUGACUUUUUUCCUUACCCAUUUUGCUUUCAAGACCAUUUGUAGUAGGCAAGUGGAUGCUGUGCUACCUGUGAAAUAUGUCCUUGCCAAGCCUGUCUCAGUGAUUAGCUUUUGGUAUGUUUGUAGCUUUCCUUGAAGUCAAAUAAAUGUUUCCCCUACUCCA